AUGAAUGGCCGUUGGGUAAAAUGCCCAUUGCACAGAGGCAGCCACGGCAACAACGAUUGGAUGUUUCUGGUCGUUCCAGGCUCCUUGCCCCAAGUGGCGCCGCAGCUCUGGAACAGUAACUUUUCAGUGGCCGUGGCUUUCGCAACCUUCCCAGCUUCCAUGGAACACUUCCAGGGCGCAAACAGCCCCUCAGAGCCUAUCUCCUUGGGGGAGAUAGAGACAACGGCAGAAACGGCUCCGUUUUUUGAAGCCUGCGUUCAAGGCGUUGACGUCUUGGUCAACGCAAUGACAGGGCCUCGGCAUCAAGGCCGUCAGCGCCGCAGGCGCCUCAAUGAAGUCCGCAAGGAUUUUACAUCCAUGCUUGCUCAGUGUGCGCCUGGGAAAGGCAAGGUGUGGGAAGCCAUUGGGCUCUCGGUGCAGAGCUUUCUGGAAAACAGCCAACAAACACAACCACAAGAAUUGCCGCAGUGGGACCGAGCCCAGCAAUACUUCACCGCAGCAAGCCAGACUUGGGCAAAAGGGGUGGAGCCGGGCUUCCAAAAUCCCAGUUUGACCACUGCAGCGGGCCUUGACAUUUUGCGGAGCAUGCUGCGGCGGAGGAUGUGGCAGAUGGUCGAAGUUGGUGAAGUGGCUGCAGUGCACAGCGGCUAUCUCACCAAACACAAGACCCACCUCAAGCUGUUUGUGCCUUUGGGGCAAAUCAAUAGCAAAAACUACGAGGUGCAGACGUGGUCGCAACGCAUGGCCUGGGUUGCCCGGAGGCACACAUGGGAGGAGGCGUUGCGAAGGGAGGAGCCGCUCUGGGACUGCGGCGAAGUUUUCUUGGUUGAUUCAACCAAUUUGGAUCUGACCAGGCUCUCCCUCCUCCCCAACCACACCGCCAUGCCCUUUGAAACUGAAGACGCAAGCUUGCGGGUGGUGGUGGCGAUCUCGUCCAGUGUGCACGAGUUCAUGUUCGCAUACAAUUGCUUGCACACCCCCUUAAGUUUUUCAGGGGCCCGUGUUUUACGCCAGGAAGAAGUCACCACAGAUGCGCAAGCUUUGGCAGCUGCUUCUUCCUCAUCUCCCAGCUCAGUUCCCCGCUCCACCAACGCAGGGGUGCUGCGUUGUUGGCUGGCUUUGGCUUCGCCACCAUCAGCCAACUUCAGUUGCCCUACGGGCGCUGAACUACAAAUGCAGCAUUUAACUUGGGAGCAACAGGCAGCAGUCACUUUUGUGUUAAGGCAGCAACUCUCACUGGUGGACUGCUUGGCCGGAGCUGGGAAAACGACAGUAUUGGCACAAGUGGCCAAGCAACUUACAGAAGGGCUCGACCCCAGUGAAUACAUAGCGGUCGUUGCGCCCAACAAAAGCAUGGUGCAGCGCCUGCUCAAAAUUUUGCGGGCCGCUAUGCCCGGCACGCUCGUGGCACCCAUGGGUGUAGUUUGGUCAGACGACGGAGAGGCCGUCGACUUGCUUCUGGAAUGCAUAGAAGAAAGGUCCCAAGCUGCGUGCCAAAGUGUUUUGGCGCCAGUAGCGGCAGCCAAGCAGCAAAUCAACGCUGCCAACGCUGCACUUGCGGAAGCAACUGCCCGGAACAAUGUCUUGGCUUCCGUCAAGGUCUUGGUUGCCACGACCAGCUUCAUCAGGAAGAUGUUCGGGUGCUUGUCGCCUUGGGUGAGGAGCUUCAAAGACAGAACUUUGAAGUGGGUGUUGGUGGACGAGGCCCACCAAGACAGCUUUCUCCAGCUGUCAGCCAUCCUGGCCAGAGCCCCGCGUGCAGCCCUUUUUGGAGACGGGCUACAAGAGCACGCGCCGUCCACUCAGAAGGAGUUUGCAGAUUCUCUCCAACAAGAUUCUGCGUUCACCUGGGCGACAAGGGCAGCCAUUCCAAAAAUCACUUUGCCAGUCUCCUUCCGCUACGGCGACAUGAUCACCGGCGCCCUUCGAGCAACGGGUGACUGUGCCCUGGCAAGCAGCCACGAAGACGCUCCCAGCACCCUCCUUUUGCCACUGCUGUUUGAGCAUUGCUCAAACGUGGCGUCGGUCAGCAAGGAAAUUUUCUUCCACACAGCAAUUUACACCCACUUGGUGCAUGCCCUUUGUGUGGAAGCCUUGCUGGCCGGCAGAAAUGGCCACCAUGUCUCCAUCAUGGUGAUUGCUUUCUAUGUUUUACAAAGGGUCUUUUUGGAGCAACAUCUGGUACAAUCAGCGCUGGCCUGUCUUGGGCCUGUCGCGCACUCUUUGGGAGUAGCCACAACGGAGAUGGCCGAGAACAUCAUCCAAGCCGUGCAAUUUUAUUUGCCCAACGCAUCUGGCGGCUCUGAGUGUGAUGUCUCCUUUUUGUACUUACCCAGGCGGAGCGACAAAGACGGCGUGUAUGCUGGCACGCACCUUCUGAGCUCAGCUUGGCGGUACAUUGCCUUGACCCGUGCUUCCCAGCGUUGCUACGUCCUGCUGGAAUGUCUAGCAGAGGUGACUCAAGGGCAUGACAGCCAGCGACACAAAGCUGAGAAGUGGCAACAUUUCAUCACAUACUGCAAAAGUGUCUGGGACCAGUUGCAGGUGGAGCACCGCUAUCAGAUAUCAGAGGCUUGGGCAUGGCCGUCGAACAUUUACACUUCAGCAACUUGGAAAUCCAAAAUGCUGGAUUGCCCUUGGAGCUUGUGGCAGACUUCCUUGCAGCGCGUUGUGCAGUAUAUGCAAGGCUUCAGUCCUCAGACCCCAAACAAAGGAGAAGCGCCAGUCCAAUUUCGGGCCCUCUUCGACAACCCGCAGUCAUUUUCAAACAGUGUGUUGGCCUCAGAAGAUGUGGACCACAUGGUCACGCACCUGCCAGACCUGCAAGCAAGGUACCCGGUCCGGUACAUGGAUGACGGCCGGCUGCAAGAAGCUUUGACGCGGCAAGCCCAAAACGUCCUAUGGAGCGCGCAAGACUAUUUUUUGGACGCCUUGUGUGUCAACAUCAAGCAGAGCGAGAUCACUAUCAGCCUGCCACUGCUUCUACACAGCAGCUCCUGGAGCGCGCCGCUGGACGCAUCCAAGGUGGCCCACGCCCUUUUUCUUUCUUUCGUGGAUGCGGAAUUGCGCCACGCUCCCUUCAUGCCCUUGGUGGUCAGGCACAAAAAGGAAGAGGUUGAGCUGCAAAAUGAACUUUUCGUGGAGGCACAAUGCCGCUCCGACCGGCCUGGCUUUGCCAUUGUUGAUCCUGAUGACCACCAGGUCUUCAAGCUAUACAAUGCAAUGGGCCUCGGGCACCAACACGAACAUUUACGCACACUUUUGGCUAGAGUGCGCAGUGCACAGCUUGCAGUGCAGUGGUGCCGCUUUUUGUCGCAAGAGAGCCCGUCCAAAUUUAGAGCCAGCCAGGUCAAGGGAGAUGAGGAAGCCUUGAACCAUUGGGAUUGGCGCGGGGAGGUUGAGAAACAAAACCUUGCCAGCAGUCCUCCGUUGCCAAGCCUCUCAGAUUGGCUGCUACAAAACACAUGA